AUGUUAGGUAUCUCGUGCCUUCCGGAAGACCAGCAGUUAGAAGCUGCAGAAUCGAAUAAUAAAUAUAUUCAAGAAUCGGUAGAACCGUUUAUAAGGACACAAAGAGGUAUCCAUGAUAACAAAAUUAAACACUUAGUCACGGAAAUUGAUUUAAAAAGACAUCGAGACCUAUUGAAAAUUGAGUUUAAAACUCAGGAACAAUCAGAAAAUCUCACUAUACUUUUGAACUUGCACGAAAGACGAAAUGAACUUGCCAUGCAACUAGCUAAAUUAGAAGCUCGUUGCAAUGCCAAAUCACCCCCACCCGCAUUAAAACAGUUAGAUAUUAGAUUAAGGAUAUACAUUGAUCCAAAUGACUCUGAGAUAAUGAUUAUUCGAAAAGAAUGGGACGCUGCAUUGAGAGACACAAAACUGGAUCUCACACAAUGCAUGAUAAAAGCGAAAAAUCUUGAGAUAUUGCAAAUUGACAAAAAUAUAGCAUUAAUAAGAGCCUAUCUCAGUGAAGAGAAAAGCAUUCUCACCCAUUUAGACAGAAUAGUCCAAAAGGAACGUUCAGAAUCCAAAACCGAUAUUAAAGUACCUUUUUUAGAAAAAAGAGUCUCAAAAACUCAAAAACCAAUCCAAGUUAAUGAGUAG